GUCGUUUGGAAGAAGUGUCCACCCAGUUAGUCGAUUAGAGACACAUCGAUUCGACAAAGAAUUGAAGCCGCCUGAACUCAUUCUUGCCUCUGGAUAUCACCACUAUCAGCUAUGAGUGCUGCACCCAACCAUCGGAGGACUAAACCUGGAGGUAUCAAGCCAGGGACACCGUCCAACGGAGUUGUUGGUCCGACGUCGCAGAUCCCGGGGCUGUCCCAGAUCGCAAGCGAAAGCGCCCCGGAGGCGAGGACUAGCGGGCGUCGCGUGGGGAUAUUUGCUUCGGAUUCUGAAUAUGUCAAACUGGCCAAGCAAGGCGGACAGAAGGGGUUACUUUCCCACGACGAUAUCGAAGCAGAAAACCAAUCCCCCCAAAACUACAACCCAUCUGAUUGGUUCUCUGGACCAUCCGGGUCACAAAGGUCAAAGAGCGGCAGUCAAGCCAGUUCCCCUGACAUGAUGAGCCCAGAUGGGCACUCCAGGAGCCAGUCUAAAGGCUCCAGGCACGCCCUGGCAGCUCCCUUUGGGACUGAUAACUGCUCCUCCUGGGAGAGGGACACUGAUAGCUUUGCCCAGGGGAAAGAGAAGGUCCAUGGAGCUGCUGCUCAGCUGGACGGCCUGUCUCUAACCCAGGCCAACAAGUACAAGAGAACGUCCUAUGACAAGAAAGUAGUCCCUGUAAGCAUGUCCAAGCUGUUGAGCUUUGGUUAUGUGGAGGAAGAGAAGAAGACUCCGAACGAUGACGAUGCUUCCAGUGUUACCUCGGAACAGACCAGCACCAUCGCAGCUGAGGAGGAUGACGACCUGGAGUAGGAGGAAGGAAGGAUGAGGGUUAUCACCUGAGGUGGAUGGCCUGUCACAUGACCACCCUGUCACAUGAUCACUACUAACAUUUUGCCCCUGUCUCUCAUCCUGACUCUGUGGUACUUACUAACACAAAACUUUACUCACUUUUUCAUUUAUUUAUUUUUCCAGUUGAUUGUGAAUGAUUAUUAUUUAAAUCAUGUUGUUUCCCUGUACAUCAAUUGAUUCCUGCAAUGUUUCUAUCGUUGUUCUGAACCGAUCAGGAAGAUGAAUUGUAUGAUAUGUGUGUGCGCUGGUGUUAGUGGUGUUGAAUAGGUGUGUUUUGGUGCUGUGAAAGGUGUUUGUGAACGCGGCCUACCACUGCCACACCACAGGGAUGUACGUGACACAUGAUGUUUUCACCUCCCGGGUCAAACACGACCACAGUUUGAGCUCAACCGACGUGGACGUGAACAGAAACGGAAUCCGGAGAGGGGCUUCUGUUCCUCAGCCUAACCCCUGUCCCGGUGGUCGUCAUAGAAACCCUGUUAGCGAUCUGUUUUCUGUCACUUGUACAUACGAAGUAAGGAAUGGCGACUGUAUCACUCUUGAGUUUGCUUUUGAAGUUAAGGUACCGCAUUGAUAGCUGAUCACGUGACGCUACUUGUACAUUCCGUCGUUGCUUAUUCUACCAUGUAAUUGUUUUAUUUGCCAAGACUUUGACUCAGUUACAGAUUCAAAUCUUAGCAUGGACGGCAGUGGGGUGCGUGGAGUGGUGUCUCGGUACACAGUGUGUGAUCCUCACAGGGUUUCUGCUGCGGAGAUCCGGUUUAACAAUAAAUGUACGACCCUCACGUUUUACUCUAGUGGAUUAUACUGAAGCUCUUGUGAACCAGUCAUUUGAAUAAAAUGGCAUGUGCAUGAACCAGC